AUGUCUGGUCAUACCACUGAACACACGCCUGAAUGGGAUUUCGUGAGGGACUUGGACAACCCUUCAAAUUUUACAUCUACUUCGAUAAUAUCAUUGUCGGAGAACAGAGCAAGGAUUAAUGAAUGUGACGAUAGUUGGCUGGCUGAGCAAUCUUCUGGACCGCCCGGUAAGAUUACAAACGACUAUGACAAGUUCACCUUUAACGAGAAUCUAGAUGUACCCACUUUCACCCCUGCCGCUCAAAAAGUUCUCAAGGCGCUCAGUUCCAGACUAUAUAACAUUGCAGUUCAUGUAGUAGACAACGUAAUUCAGACAGCACAGUCGGAUGCUAUCGAAUACAACCGUACAGUAAUCAGCGCAAAUGAUCUUACAUUUCCUGAGUUUGACUUUCGCAUAACGAACAUCAAUGCCGACAGCAUUGAGGCGUCGUACAAGAUGCACGGAUACCCCUGUUUCGGUAGUUCUAAUGGCAACCCGACUCAGGAUACGCAAGCAUCUGUGAACGUCGAAGAUUCUGACAAGCAGUCAUCCGCAAAGUCGACUAUAGAUAGACCGACAAAGGAUCUUCCAAAGUCGAUGACAAAAAAACGGACUCUCCCCGCGUCGUUUGAUAUCUUCCUCACAAAAAUCGUCCUCUUUACAUUGGAAGAGCGAGAGAAAAAGGCAAAAACUUGCAUAUGUCCAGAGAAGGCUAUAACUCAAGCCCAUGCUCUUGACGGGCAUUUCGACUCUAUCAAGAGUAGCUUCAAGUUCUUCCUCUGCCCCCCUGGAAAAAGGCUAGAGUUGAAUUUUACGUCAAUAAGCAGGAUGUCUUUCUCUGUCCCGACGUCGCCUGCAAUGUCCCGCUCGAAUAAAGCGCAGCCAGUAACACCUCAGCGACUACCUCGGCAGCAACCUCGUUCCCAGUCCUACUACAGGUCACCACUUACGCCCUCAGCAAGUCCUUACACUCCGAUUAGCCUCCGUUCUUUGGAUUCAACAAGCUCAUCUACCUUGACCACCCCCGACAACAUUGGCAGCGGUCUCAAGAAACGCUUAGCGUUUUCUGCUGGAUCUCCUGAUGUUCUGCGCAACAUCAAUUCUAGCCAGGACAAGAGUCUGGCUGAUAUCGCCGAGAACUGGCGAUCUCGCGCUAGUGAGAAUGGUAUCAAAGUCGCGCCCGCGCCUCAAGACGAAUCCCAGUUCGGUGCAGACGAAUCCAGUGACAUGUCAAUGUCCGACGUCGUCAACGAUCACAGCAUUCUUUCCUCGGAAGAAGCCCUUCUAGCCGCUCCAUUUCUUACCACCCACAGAAGGCUGAACAGCUUGCCCGCCAUAAGACCUAGGGCGCAAUCGCACGCGUCUCUGCCCUCUUCUCGCAUGAACCCUUUGUCUCCUGUAACCUCGCGUAUCAAUAAUCGCAUAAUUCCGACAUCGUCCCCCUUGCAACCUCGUCGGGUGCCAGUAUCGAUGAACCAGAAUAUCAUGUCUACGCCUCCCCCUAAUCGCAUUUUGGCGAGACAAUUGAAGUUGAAAGGGAGUCACACGGAUCCUGCACAACCUAGAAGGCGCGAAGCCUUUGGAGCGGCUCCUACGCCUUCACGCAGCAUUGGUCACAAAAAUGCCAGCUUGAGUCUUACCCUGGAACCUGACACAUCCCUUGACUUGUUUGAUAUCGAUGAAAACGACUACGAGGCCGAGCAAGAGUACCAAGACGAGAUCGAGAAUUCCUUCUCUCGUGAUUUACAAGCCCUUCAAAACAGUAACUAUGGCUAUCCCUCCUUUGGUUUACAGCAGCAGCAACCUCAAGUUUUCGGACAGUCACACUUUGCCGAUCCUUUCCAACCAAUCAGCAACGGCAAUGGAUUCGUGAAAGGCCACAUGCUGAAUGGCAUUCCAGAGGGCAUCGAACACCAAUUCCAUGCCGUCCGUCAACCCAAUCCUCAGAAACAAUAUUACGACGACCACCGCCAAAGUGGUCAUGUAUUUUACAAUCUACUUCCACAACAUCAGCCUCAAUACAAUCCAGCCAUGCCUCAUCCUUACGCUGCACCUAAUUAUGUCCCUAUGUCGCAGCCAUCUCUACUCCCUUUCCAACAUUCAUCCACUCCCGCAACGGGUUUCUCUGACCAUUCUACCCCGGCUAUGAUGUCCAAAAUUCAUUCGCCACCCCAUGUCCCUGAUGUUUCCCCAACCGACUGCUCUGUUUGUCUUGCUUCAAAGCCUGCAUCUCUUGCUAUUUUACAGCCAUGCAAGCACCCCCUUUGUUCCGCUUGUCUCACGAGUGCGCUCAAUAUUGUCGGGGAGAAAGACAUGGAGUGCGCUGUGUGCAAGCAAAGCGUUGCCGACUUCAAACUGGUUAUGGGUGCGUCAGCUUCAUCACCAGGUAAGAUCAAUAUCCCUGUUGAACCAAUCAAAACCUCUGGAGAGCCUAUUGGUUCAUUUGCCUCUACAUUGGAUAACUCAAACAUCUUCGACGAUGGGGCGAUGGAGGAUAUAGAAGAGUUACAGAGCGCAUUUGAAUUUGGACUUGACUUUGGGGACCUUCGCGCCUCCACCCCCAAGCUCGAACAACAGGUCGAAGAUCGCUCCAUCGAUGGCAGAUCCCAGCACUCUGUUUCUCAACUCGGAUCUAGAAGAGACGUUAGGAAGGGCGAGGACAACGUAGUUCUCCGUAUUGAUAACGUUCCUUGGGAUAUCACACCUUUACAGAUCACCAAAUGGCUUCAACAGCCAAUCGAGCGAGUGCAUGUCCUUCUCGACGGGAAGGGCAAGACUCUUAGCCAUGCUUAUGUGGAAGUUCGCGAUGCGACUACCGCUGGUGCUAUUUUGAGAGGAGAAGCUGCUUCGCCUAACUCUUCUGGCAAGAAGGAAAGAGGAAGUGUUCUCGGCAGGGGAAGAAGGGCUCGCGGCGUGACAGUUACCAGGAGUGGGCAACAGGAAUUAAUGAGAGACCUCUUUCCUCAUUGGCGUGGAGGUUUCGAUGGUUCUCGCCCUUCUCUCGCUGGUUUGGAAGGAGACAGGAUCAUUGGAGCCCUUGAGGGCGGCCUCUUGACUGAGCAAGAGAUAUCUGGGUUGCUCUAUCUGAUCCGAGAACCUGACUCGCACUUCCUUAAAGUGCCUUCGCUGCCGUUCCAUUCUCUUGCAAGCAUCUUAAGCAAGUUUCCCGCCGAUGUUGAUAGCCGUGUGUUCUGGUCAACUGGUAUCAGAGACGUACUGCUAGCUGCUCUUCAAACUCUUAUUCCUCGUGUGGAAAAGGCUACCGAAAAGGCGAAGUCUUCUGGACAACCUGAAGAAGAAUUUACCAUGGAUUUAGUCAUCAACCUCCUCCAUACUGCAUUGGAAUGCAAAGCCUUUACCGCUCAGCAACUCCGGAAGUUGACUGAAUUCGCCCAUACCCACUCUCUCCCGCUGCCGGAAAGCGAUCUUUCCGGGAUGUUUGAACCCCAUGGCUCGGUGAAUUCAUCCAACUUUUUGAAGACAGCAUCGACACACGACUCUUCAAACAUGGCGGUCAAUCAAAAUCAAAAGUCACUUGCCAAUGAAGCAUCUCUCGAUGAUUUGGCUCGUGAAUUUGGAGUUGAUGCGCAGGUCGUGCAAGCUCUUGCUCAAAGGUUGUCCAAGAUGGCCUAG